UUAUCUGAUAAGAGAGUUGCUGGCUGCUUGCUAUCUGUCUGAACAACAAGUGAAAGUGGUACUGUCUGCAAACUAAUUGACAAUGGCUGCAAUAAUGGAGAGAGAGCAGCUACUGAUCAAGCCAACAGGGAACACAGUGAUUGUCCCUGACUCUCCUGUUGCUAAGCUGAUGUACUACUUUCAUUGUGUGUGCAGUUGUGUUGCUGAUAGUGAUGACCCUUCUAUUAAACGAUUGAGAGCAUUCCAAACCAACUACAAUUCCCUCUCCAGUGAAGAAGUAUCGACACUUUUGGUUUUAUGCUUGGCUCUCAGCCCUGACAAGUUGAUUAAUAGUGUCUUCUUCUUGAAUAAAGAUAUCAAUGGAAGAAAUGAGUUUUUUGAAGUCAGUGCAGUUUCCACAAAACUUCUUGUUUCAGAGUCUCUGCUUAUUGGAGGGCAGAGGAAGAGAGUGCAAAAAAUUAUGAUGUUCAAGAAAGAGUGGUUAGAGAGGAACUAUAUUCAGCCACUAAAGAGUUUUGUGCCGUCUACUUCGUGCUGUACCAUUUUGUGACCAGAUUAGAUGUGCAUGCCUAUAUACUAACACAUGCAUAAUUAUAUAAUAGUAUAGUUAUAGUGUGAUCAUUACACAUUAUUAGGAUGCAUGGUGAACAUCUGUCCACAUUGUAUAAUUAUACAAUAAGAUAGUCUUAUGUGUAAAUCGAAACUCAA